ACUUCCUUCUGGGUGGAUGAGGAGGAGCCCGAGCUGCCGCGGAGGAGCCCGAGUGGAGACGGACGGCGCCGGAGAGGUGAGACUGGUGGCGUCGGCGGUCGCGGCCCGCGCGGGCAGGACGGAAGGGACGCGGAUGAGGGCGGCCGUGGAAGCCGCUGCGGACCAGCGGGAGCGGCGAGCCCCGCCGCAGGCCGGGAGGGUGACCGAGCGCCCUGGGGGAGUCGCGAACACCUGCAGACGCGCCUGCGGGCUCCGAGGGGCUGGAUGGGCACAUCGGGGGCCGGAGGAUCGAGGAGAGGGUGCCCGGCUCGGGCGUCGGCCAGCGCGAGCCCACGGACACCAGGCUGAAGGGUGUUCUGGAGCAGGGAAAGGGCCCUGCGAUCCGACAGCGCAGGGAGGGCGAAAAUGAAAGCAGGCUGUAGCAUCGUGGAAAAGCCAGAAGGAGGUGGAGGGUAUCAGUUUCCGGAUUGGGCCUACAAAGCCGAGUCGUCGCCGGGCUCCCGGCAGAUCCAGCUGUGGCACUUCAUCCUGGAACUGCUGCAGAAGGAAGAGUUCCGCCAUGUCAUCGCCUGGCAGCAGGGAGAGUACGGGGAGUUUGUCAUCAAGGAUCCAGAUGAAGUGGCUCGCCUCUGGGGCCGCAGGAAGUGCAAACCACAGAUGAACUAUGACAAGCUGAGCCGGGCCCUCAGAUACUAUUACAACAAGAGGAUCCUUCAUAAAACAAAAGGGAAAAGGUUUACUUACAAGUUUAACUUCAACAAGCUCGUGAUGCCCAACUACCCGUUCAUCAACAUUCGCUCGAGUGGUGUGGUUCCUCAGAGUGCGCCACCAGUGCCAACAGCCUCCUCCCGGUUCCAUUUCCCACCUCUAGACAGCCAUUCUCCUACUGGCGAUGUGCAACCGGGUCGCUUCUCUGCCAGCUCACUGAGUGCUUCUGGCCCUGAGUCAGGGGUUACCACUGACAGGAAGGUCGAGCCUUCGGACCUGGAAGAUGGCUCGGCCUCUGACUGGCACCGGGGCAUGGACUUCAUGCCCUCCCGAAAUGCUCUGGGCGGAGGAGCAGUCGGCCACCAGAAACGCAAGCCUGACAUACUGCUUCCUCUCUUCACCCGGCCAGCCAUGUACCCUGACCCGCACAGUCCCUUCGCUAUCUCUCCGGUCCCUGGCCGCGGAGGGGUCCUUAAUGUCCCCAUCUCACCAGCCCUGUCCCUGACUCCCACCAUGUUCUCCUACAGUCCCUCACCAGGCCUGAGCCCCUUCACCAGCAGCAGUUGCUUCUCCUUCAACCCAGAGGAAAUGAAACACUACCUUCAUUCUCAAGCCUGUUCGGUGUUCAACUACCAUCUGAGUCCCCGGACUUUCCCCCGUUACCCAGGGCUCAUGGUCCCACCGCUGCAGUGCCAAAUGCAUCCUGAGGAGCCUUCCCAGUUCUCCAUCAAGCUGCAGCCCCCGCCGGCUGGACGGAAGAACCGCGAGAGGGUAGAGAGCCGGGAGGAGGCUGUUCGCGGCUCUGUGCCCGCCAGCGCUCCUGUUCCCUCUCGGAUUAAGGUAGAGCCGGCCACAGAGAAGGAUCCUGACAGCCUCCGGCAGUCAACCCAGGGAAAGGAGGAACAGACCCAAGAAGUGGACAGCAUGCGGAGCAGGACCAUAGAAGAGGGGAAAGGCACCGGGUUUGCCCACCCCUCACCCACCUGGCCCUCUGUGUCCAUUAGCACUCCCAGUGACGAACCCCUAGAGGGGACCGAAGACAGUGAGGACAGGUCUGUCAGGGAGCCCGGUGUACCCGAGAAGAAAGAAGACGCCCUGAUGCCCCCUAAGCUUCGGCUGAAGAGGCGGUGGAAUGACGACCCUGAAGCCAGGGAGCUCAACAAAACGGGCAAGUUCCUCUGGAAUGGGGCAGGACCCCAGGGCCUGGCCACAACGGCCACUGCUGCCGCUGAUGCUUAAAACCACAGUGGAAGGGAAGCUGUUCAUAUUACAAUCAAAAUACAUAUUUAUGUAGCAAGAUUCUGGGGCGGGAGGUGGGGUUCAGCUGGUUUGAUAAUUCUGGGGCGUGGACUUGUACUUUUCUGUUGGGGAUGGGACGAGGAUCUUGUGUUGUAUAAAUAAGUGGGGUAUGGACACUUUUUUUUCUUGGCGCGUAGGACAUAGGGAGGCUAUGAACUUUGGGGAAGGAGCCUGUUUCCUGUCCCCUCCUGCUGCCUGACAAGCUCCAUAGGCCCAUACACUGUAGUCCCAUCACAGGUCAGGCCCUAUAGUCUUUCCUAUUGUGUUUAUACAUACAGAAAGCCCAUAGUGGGAUAGUUUGCUUUGAGAGGGAGAGAGAAGAGGAAGAGGCUGGAAGGUUAGGCGUGAGAAACAUACUAACCAUGUACCUGAGUAUGUGUUUCAGGAGAGGAAAAAGUUCAUCGCAGUCUUACCGAAGUGGGGGGCAUUUAGAUGGGGUUCUCUACUCCCCUCUCCCCCUUCUCCCUCACUGGAGUGUGUGUGUGUGUGAUGUGUGUGUCUAUGUGUGUGUGUGCACACACACAGAGACACACACAUGCUCUCUCCCAUGCAUGCACUCUCUCUUUCUCUCCCUGGGGGGAGGGUGACACACGCACAUUUGGCUCCCCUCCCCCCUUUUUAGAAAAUGUUUUCAAGACACAUGAGUGUACUGCCAGUUAUACUGGGCAGGGAGGGCACCGGAGACCCCCCACCCCCGGCCCCUCAGCUUCAGAGUUGAGGUGGGAAGGCAGCCUGGCUGCGAGGUCCUCAAACUCUCACCUUCUUCACCUUCAAAAAGCCAUGAGGAGUUGUAAACUCUUGAUCAGGGAAGAAAGAAGAGGGCAGGAGGAAGUAACCCAAUGCCUUUAAAAACAAAACAAAUGACAGAAAUAGUCUUCAUUUUCUUUUUCUUUUUCUUUUUCCAUUGUUGGUUUGGUUUCCCAAACCAAGCGUGACUGAGCACGUUUUAUGAGGAGCAGGAUAGCGCCGUUGAAGAUGUUUUUCUGUUGUGUCUGGUUGUCUUACUGUUUUCUUAAGUCGAGCCUUAACUACGAACAUGCUUUAAGAUGAUACGGGUCUGUCAACAUAAACCUGUGAAGGGCAUGGACGCUGUUCAGAUAACCCAGGAAUGUUGAGGCACAGUCGAAUUCCUAGCUGAUAGUUAUUCCCUCUGAUGUUGCCGGUCCGGGUGGCAAAAGGGCAGAAUUGUGGGAAUGAAAGGCAGAUGAUAACCUGCAAACUCAAUGUACUGCUUGUCGAAACUGAAGGAAGAGGUAGGAAGGUGGUGACCAGAUGCCAAAAGGUCUGGUGUAAAGGAGAGAGCGGUGUUGCCUGCGGUGGUGUUGCCCGCCUUGUGGUCCCCCGUUGCCCAGAUUGUUCUGAUCGGUCGACUGUUCCCAAAAUGCAGUUCACCAACAGGGGUCAUUUGUCCUUGGGAAAUCCCCUUACAGCAACUUCAAAGGAAUGGGAAGAUACUGAUCUUAGGUGAAACAAAACACUAGCACUAGGGUAGAGAGAAAGCGGCACCAGCCAACGGCCUCUGUGCACGUGUGUGCUCUAGUAGCUCAGAGCAGCAAGAAGAAAUGGUUUCCUAUCUGCUGAGGCAAGGGAUGGCACUCGGGCAUCAGAGUGAUGACUCACUCCGUCCGCCACCUGAGCCUGGCCAAGAACUCCAUACUAAGUGACAUUUGAGUGUUGUCUUCUGAUGGAGUGUUUGGGUUUGGUUUAGUUUGGUUUUAUUUUCUUUAACUGAAAUGCAUGCACAAAAGGAGCUCAGGAGACAUUAGACCUGGUGAAAGGUGUGAGCUGACGUGGAUCACUUGAGGCUGUCAUUGCUGUUUCUUGAUGAGUGUCCUAUAACUUGGUCCAGAUUCCACGCAUGUGUGAAAGGCCAGGAAGGGGGCCGAGUGGUCUCUGGUGACCCAGGCUCUGGUCGGGCCACGAAGGACUUCAACCCUCCUGUUGCCUUUGGUGGUUGUGUUUUGAUCAGUUUCCUUCUCUGCACCUUGACGGACCUCUGAAUCAGAAAGCAGGCCCAGCAGGUAGAGGAAGGCUCUCUGGUUGGUGUUGCCCAUCAAACCAGGGAGGCCAGCUGGCCACCGGUUGUCUGCUAGUGGGGACGGCCAGCGAGCAUCAGUAUGAACUCAGGAAUAGAAGCGUGGGGCCUUUAAAAUGAGGGCAGGAAAUCCAUGAUGCAUACCUGAAACCCCUAGAACCCAAGUGCCGGAAUUCAUUCUAGAUGCUGCUUCCAUUUGAAUAAAGCCACUGCUUUUACACUUGAAAGUGAACUCCAUGAAAAAUGCUUUUGGACUUUUAUGAAACUAUUUGCCGUUUGUUUCCCUUGAUUGCCAUUCCACCAGUAAUCUCUUGGUUGAUUGGCACUGCACACAGUUGGAGUCUGGAUCUGGGGAAGGGUCUGUCUGCAGAGCAGAACUUGGGCUCGCUCAGGAAGUGGACCAGGAAAUGUAGUGAUCACUGAUACUUCCUGGGGCAGAGGAGUGAGAGUGCUCGUCUCUCCCCAGCCCCAGCCUGGCAGUUCCUGCCUCCAGCCUGGUGUCACCUUCUUUCUACGAGCACGCCAUUGACCAUCAGCCAGGCGAAAGGGGGCUAAAAGCCGGGCCUACUUCCUCUCCCUGGGUUUUUUCUUCCCUCUAAAUUUUGUUGUGCCAAAUGUGUAAAACUUUGUAGGUGUAAAUCUAUUGCAAUCUCACUAAUCAAGAGCUUGUUUAUUUAAACAGUUUGCUUUUUUAGCUGUAAAGAGUAGCAGACUCUCGGGGCAUCAGCUCUGCUGUGCUCGCGGGUCUUCCUAGACAUCAGGCUGCACUUCUAACCCCAGCUCGGGAAUGCAGGGAACCCUAGUGACCCAUAGGCCAAGAAACUUCCAGAAGCAUUAAAAAAAAAAAAGUUAUAUUCCACUACCAAGUGGAUAGUCAUUUAGCUGUUUGUCCCUUGUUUUUUUAUUUAUUCCAUAAUUAUGUUUGUGCUUUUUCUUGUGUGAACAGUAGUGGUGAGGCCUAUGUUUUUAUGUGGCUUUAGAGAAAACUUCAGUCUUCAAAGAACUCUUCUAAUUAGUUCCUUCUUAGAAAAAGUUAUGCGUUAAUUUGUUUCAAAAUAUUUAGGCAUUCUUUGAAUUAUAAACUUGUGAUGCAGGGAUUUAUGAAUGAGACGUUCACAUGUGAAGAUGACUUCACUAAGCAUCUGUGUAAGCAGAAUAAGAUGUGUAUAUGUACAUAAACUAUAAGGAACCUGAACACCAUUGUGCAGUGCCUUUUAGAUGUUCUGCUUUCUAAAGUCUUCAAAUUUUUUGCAUAUAUAUUAUAUAUAUGAUGUAAUGUUAUAGAAAUAUAUGUAUAAUAUACAUAUUUUUUCCAGGGGUAUCUGAUAGCUCUGUAUUUUGUUAUGGAAGUCGAAAGAAAAAAAGUAUUUUACCUCGAAAAUUAAAGUUAAAUUUAAAAACAAAGAGUA